GUCCGCGGAGCGAUGCGCGCAGGGCGCUCCAUCCGAUGAAGCCCGGCUUGGGAUUUAUUCGGGAGCCGGCGACUCGCUCGUUCCUGCCGGCAGCGAGCGGGAGGAGAUGGGGAAUUCGCUGGGCUGCGUUAAAGAGCAGAAGGAAAAAGCUGUGGGGAAGGCACCGCUGUCUCCCAAAAAAAGGGUGCGCUUCAAAAGGAGGCGGAGAGGGAAGAGGAGAGCGAUGCCCGAGGCAGCCCCGCAGGAGGAGCCGCCGGUGCUGGAGGUGGCCGAGGAUGAGGAGGCGCCCAAAUCCCCUCGGCAGGAAGGAGGAGAGGAACCCCCCGAGAGCCGGGACCCCGAUCCGGCAGCGCUGCACCCCGGCAUCAUCGUGCAGGUGAAGGAACGCUUCCAGGGCGAGCUGCAGAAAGCGCUGCUGGUGCUGGAGCCGCAGCGGCCGGGUGUGGCGGCGGCUCCCCGGGAGGAAGGCACCACCGUCAUCGCCCGCCUGCUGGACAACCCGGCCGAGAAGGACUGCGAGAAGGCGGUGAGCCGGCUGGUCGAGCUGCAGAGGAGCGGCAGCUGCCGGGCUGUGCUGCUGCCCCUUCGCUCUGGGAGUGAUGGCCCUGCCCGGGGAUCCAGCCGGGAGCCGGAGGCCGGCAGCACCCUGGAUGCCUGGGGGAAAGGAGGAGGAGGCAGCGAUGAUCCCAGCUCCAGCGCAGCAUGGACCUGCUCGUCCGCAGCAGAGCCGGGCACCGUGUCCGAGCUGUCCACGCCGUCUCCCAUGGUGGAUCAGCUGGAAAACGCCAGCGUGGGGAGAAGCUCGGGGUUGCCGUCGUGUCGGGCAGGGGAGGGAGAUGCUCAGGCUCUGCCGGCUUCCCGCAGCCCGUCCUCGCUCAGCGGCAGCGCCGCCCGCAGCUCCUCGGGGUACGGCAGCGACCGCCCGGCCAAGGGCGCAGGAGCUGGUGGGACCACGGUGUCACCCUCUGAUGGUGGCCUCAGGCUCGCUGCGGAGGGCCGGGCUUGCAGGGGGAGCUCGGGGACAGCCGGAGCAAUGAUCUCUGACAUCUACAUCAGUGGGGAGCUGGGGGAUAUGUCAGCCAAGGAGAAGCUGCUGCUGUGGACACAGAAGGUGACAGCAGGUUACAUCGGGCUGAAGUGCACCAACUUCUCCUCCUGCUGGAGCGAUGGCAAGAUGUUCAACGCCCUCAUCCACAGAUACAGGCCAGAUCUGGUGGACAUGGAGAGGGUGCAGAUCCAGAGUAACCGGGAGAACCUGGAGCAGGCGUUCGAGAUCGCCGAGCGCCUGGGGGUCACACGGCUGCUGGAUGCUGAAGACGUGGAUGUGCCCUCUCCAGAUGAGAAAUCCGUGAUAACUUACGUGUCUUCAAUCUACGAUGCCUUUCCCAAAGUCCCCGAGGGAGGAGAAGGGAUCAGCGCCAUCGAGGUGGAUUCCAGGUGGCUGGAGUACCAGAGCCGUGUGGAGUCCCUCAUCUCGUGGAUCAAGCAGCACACGAUACUCAUGUCAGACAAAUCCUUCCCCCAGAACCCUGUAGAGCUAAAGGCACUUUAUAACCAGUACAUACACUUCAAAGAAACUGAAAUCCCAGCCAAGGAGCAGGAAAAAGGACAGAUAGAGGAGCUCUACAAGCUGCUAGAGGUUUGGAUCGAAUUUGGGCGCAUCAAGUUGCCCCAGGGCUACCACCCCAACGAUGUGGAGGAGGAGUGGGGCAAGCUGAUCAUCGAGAUGCUGGAGCGCGAGAAGCUCCUGCGGCCGGCGGUGGAGAGGCUGGAAUUGCUGCUACAAAUUGCUAACAAAAUCCAGAAUGGUGCUCUGAGCUGUGAAGAAAAGCUCACCCUGGCGAAGAACACGCUACAGGCUGACGCCGCUCAGCUGGAGUCGGGCCAGGCGGUGCAGUACGAGCACGACGUGGUCGUGUACCUGCAGGAGUGCGAGGGGCUCCUGCGGCAGCUGCAGGUGGACGUGCAGAUCCUCAGGGAUGAGAACUACUACCAGCUGGAGGAGCUGGUCUUCAGGAUCAUGAGGCUGCAGGACGAGCUGGUGACUCUGAGGUUGGAGUGCACCAACCUGUACAGGAAAGGACAUUUCUCCACCCUGGAGCUGGUGCCCACGUCCACCCUGAGCACCACCCACCUGAAGGGCGAGUCCCUGACCAAGGGGCUCCACACCUCCUCGGCCUCCUGGUUCAGGAAGCCGAUGACCAGGACAGAGCUGGUGGCCAUCUCCUCCUCUGAAGAUGAGGGCAGCCUCCGCUUCGUCUACGAGCUGCUGGCCUGGGUGGAGGAGAUGCAGAUGAGACUGGAGCGGGCAGAGUGGGGCACUGACCUGCCCAGCGUGGAAUCCCAGCUGGAGACCCAGAGGCACAUCCAUGGCAGCGUGGAGGACCUGGGUUCCAGCGUGAAGGAGGCCAGGAUGUAUGAGGGUAAAAUGUCUCCGAAUUUCCGCGCCAGCUACACGGAGACGCUGGGCAAGCUGGAAACUCAGUACUGCAAACUGAUGGAAACGUCGAGCUUCAGGCUGAGGCACCUGCAGAGCUUGCAUGGAUUUGUGUCCAGGGCCACUGCUGAGCUGAUCUGGCUGAAUGAGAAGGAGGAGGAGGAGCUGGCCUAUGACUGGAGUGACAACAACCCCAACAUUGCAGCCAAGAAGAAUUAUUUCUCUGAGCUGACAGCAGAGCUGGAGGAGAAGCAGGACAUCUUCCAUUCCCUGCAGGACACAGCUGAGCUGCUCUCCCUGGAGAACCACCCAGCCAAGCAAACUGUGGAGGCCUACAGUGCUGCUGUGCACACCCAGUGGCAGUGGAUCAAGCAGCUGUGCCUGUGUGUGGAGCAGCACGUGAAGGAGAACGCUGCCUAUUUCCAGUUCUUCAGCGAUGCUCGGGAGUCGGAGGCGUACCUGCGGAACCUGCAGGACUCCAUCAAAAGGAAAUAUUCCUGCGACCACAACACGAGCCUGACACGGCUGGAGGACCUGCUGCAGGACUCCAUGGCACAGGAUGAGAAGGAGCAGCUGAUCCAGUCCAAGAGCUCGGUGGCCAGCCUGGUGGGAAGGUCCAAAAGCAUCGUGCAGCUCCGGCCCAGGAACCCAGAGCACGCCCUGAAGGGCACAAUCCCCAUCAAGGCUGUGUGUGACUACAGGCAGAUCGAGAUCACCAUCUGCAGGAAUGAUGAGUGUGUCCUGGAGGACAAUUCCCAGAGGACCAAGUGGAAGGUGAUCAGCCCCACGGGGAACGAGGCCAUGGUGCCUUCUGUCUGCUUCCUGAUCCCCCCACCCAACAAGGAGGCCAUUGAGAUGGCCAACAGGGUGGAGCAGCUGUACCAGAAAGUGAUGGCUCUCUGGCACCAGCUCCACAUGAACACCAAGAGCCUCAUCUCCUGGAACUACCUGCGCAAGGACAUUGCCCUGGUGCAGAGCUUCAGCAUGGAAAAGCUCAGAUCCUUGGCUCAGGGGGAGUGUCAGCAAGCCCUGAAGAGCCUGCAGGGGCACUAUGAGGAUUUCCUGCAGGACAGCCGUGACUCUGAGCUCUUCUCCGUGUCGGACCGGCUGCGCCUGGAGGAGGAAGUGGAGUCUUCCAAGGAAUACAUCCGGCAGCUGCUGGAGUCCAUGGAGAAUGAGGACAAGGAUGAGACCGUGGCCAGGACGUAUCUGUCGGAGCUGAAGAACGUCCGCCUGCGGCUGGAGCAGUGCGAGCAGCGGCUGCUGAGCCGCGUGCAGAGCCCGAGCAGCGCCCGUGCAGACGGGGACACCAUCCAGGAGAACGCCAUCCGCAUGGCAGAGCAGGAGCGCACGCAGGAGGAUCUGCAGCAGCUGCAGUCGGAGCUCCGGGUGCUGUCCGAGCGGUGCUGCAGCUUCCUGGACAAAGCUCCUGCAGGGCCCAGCACGCCCCAGCUGCGCUCAGAGCUGGACUUGGUGGUGAACAAGAUGGAGCAGACGCAUGGGUUGUCUUCCAUCUACCUGGAAAAGUUGAAGACGGUUGAUGUCAUCAUCCGCAACACCCAGGGAGCAGAGUCCCUGGUCAAGGGCUACGAGGUGAAGCUGAGCCAGGAGGAGGCUGUUCCUGCUGACCUGGCAGCCAUUCAGACCCACAGGGCAGCGCUGCAGCAAUGGCUCGGGGAGGUGAAGGACAAGGGCUCUGUGUUCUCCACGCUGGAGGAGGAGAUGACAAAGGCCAAGGAGGUUGGGGAGCAGCUGUUCAGGCUGAGGCAGGAGCGCAGCAUCGACCUGGAGCGCUUCCAGGAGAAGAGCAGCCAGCUGUGGGAGCGCUGGCAGCGCGUCUGCGCCCAGAUCGAGACCCGCCACACAGAGCUGGAGAGCAUCCAGGAGGUGCUGAGCGAUUACCGGCAGUGCCACAGCGCCCUGAUCCAGUGGAUUGAGGAGAUCACAGCCCAGCAGGAGCUGAUGAAGCCUGGCCAGGCUGAGGACAGCCGGGUGCUGUCGGAGCAGCUCAGCCAGCAAACGGCUUUGGCUGCAGAAAUUGAGAAAAACCAAGCCAAGCUGGACCAGUGUCAGAAAUUCUCCCAGCAAUACUCUGCUGCUGUCAAGGACUAUGAGCUGCAGCUGAUGACCUACAGGGCCUUUGUGGAGUCGCAGCAGAAGUCCCCCAUGAAGCGCAGGCGGAUGCUCUCCUCCUCAGAUGCCAUCACCCAGGAGUUCAUGGAUUUGAGGACUCGCUACACGGCGCUGGUGACUCUGACCACGCAGCACGUCAAGUACAUCAGCGACGCGCUGCGGCGGCUGGAGGAGGAGGAGAAAGUGGUGGAGGAGGAGAAGCAGGAGCACGUGGACAAGGUGAAGGAGCUGCUGGGCUGGGCCCUGGGCUUGAAGCAGAGUGUGCAGGGCAGGACAGCUGCUGCUGGGAGCAGAGAGCUGGGAGACAUUGAGAAAUCCAUCUCAGAGCAGCAGGCCCUGAAUGAGGAGCUGACUGCAAAGAAGGAACAGGUCUCUGAGGCCAUCAAAACUUCCCAAAUCUUCCUGGCCAAACACAGCCACAAGCUUUCCCAACCAGAAAAGGACCAGAUUUCUUCUCAGAUUGGUGCUCUGAAAGAAACCUACCAAGCUCUCUGCAGCAACUCCUCCGAGCAGCUCCAGCAGCUCCAGAGCCAGCUGGCUCAGGAGACAGAGCACAAGGGCAGCGAAGCCGUGGCAGGAGUGAUCGAUCUUGGCACAGUAGAAAUAUUCCCAGUCUUUGGUGCCAUGCAGAGAGGUCUGAUAGAUCAGGACACUGGCCUGGCCCUCUUGGAGGCCCAGGUGAUCACCUCUGACUUAGUUGUCCCAGAAACCAGUGAGAAACUCUCCUUGGAGAAAGCUCUGGCAAGAAACAUCAUUGAUCCCAGGGCAUUCCAGGUGCUGCAGGAACUGAAGGAUGCUCUCCAGCAGGUGCAAGAAGUCAGAUGUGAAGGGAGGCAGCUCCUCCCCAUCGUUGCUGCCAUAGAAGAAGGCAGGAUCAGUGAGAACAUCGGGCUAAAAAUUCUUGAGGCUGAGCUCGCCACUGGGGGCUUUAAAAUCCAGCAGGGCAGAAUCAGCAUGGAAACAGCAGUGCAAGAAAAGCUCCUUCCCCCCCAGCUUCACUCCAGGCUCCUCUCCCACCUGGAAGGUGCCAAGGAUUUGAUUGACCCCAACACUGCAGAGAAGAUCAGCCUGCCUGAGCUCCUGGAGAGGUGCAUCAUCCACCAGGAGACUGGGCUGAGGCUGCUCCCAGUCAGGCAGCUGGCGGGUGGGAUGGUGAGCUUGGGCUCGGGCAGGGAGGUGAGCGUCUUCCGUGCAGUGCAGGAGGGGCUGAUAGACAGGCAGGUGACCCUCAGGUUGCUGGAAUGCCAGCUCUGUGCUGGUGGCAUCAUUGACCCCAGGACAGGACACAGGCUGAGCGUGGAUGAGGCUGUCAGGCAGGAUUUGCUGGAGCAGGAUUUGGGCUGCACGCUCCUGAUCCGGCAGCUCCGGACAGGGGGGAUCGUGGACACGGCCACGGGACGGAGGCUGACCAUGGAUGAAGCCCUGAGGAAGGGGUUGGUGGCUCCAAAAACUGCACUGCUGGUCCUGGAAUCCCUGCAGUCCUUCAUGGGGCUGCUGUGGCCAGAGACAGGGGAGAUCAUCCCCGUUGCAGAUGCUUUGGAGCAGGGGAUCCUCCCCACGGAGCUGAUUCGGGAGAUUCUCAGCAAGAGGCAGCUCCUCCGGGCUGUGUUCAUCCCAGAAACCACAGAGGUGCUGUCCUGGCAGCAGGCAGUGGAGCAGGGCAUCCUGGAGAGGGAGGUGGUGAAGAAGCUGAGCUCAACAUCCAUUCCUGAUGCCAUGGCCAGCGUGCAGCUCUCUGGAUCUCCAAGCAGGCACAGCCUGAGCUCCCCUGGAAGGAGCCCCCCAGGUCAGGAGGAGCCUCUGCUGAGCAGUGAUGAUGAAAGGCUGAUGUUCCACCUGAUGGCCCACAGCUACAUCAACAUCCACGAUGGCCACAAGGUGCUCUUGGUGGAUGCAGAGCUGAACAAUCUCACUAAAGCUCUCAUCCAAAGCCAAGAAAAUGGAUCCUGUGCACAGGAGUUGGAAGGUUUUGAGGAGACAGAGGAGCCCACAGCUCUUGAAAGUGAACCUUGCAAUGGUUUGGCUUUGCAGAGGCUGGAGCUUCAAUUUGCGCCUUCAAAAGGUGAAAGUGAGAAGGUUCUGCCACCCAGAAGUGCUUUGGAGAAUGGGGAGGUGGUGAUGGGAGCUGAAAGUCUCCUCUUGGAGGAUGCAGAGGAUUUCCUGCAGAUAGAAGAGCACGAGCAGGUCUCCACUGAACAGGAGAUUGUCAGGAGUGAAACUGGUGCUGAUUUUGGGAGAGAACAGAUCACUUUUACAACCAUGGAUAAACAUCAGGAAAAAUUAUUGAUGCCAGAACCUCCCAGUGACCUUGAUAGUGGAUUAAUCAGAGAAACAGAGGAAAUGAUGAUUGAGGCAGAAGAGUCCAAGCCUGCUGCAGAAGAUGGAGUGGAAGGUCCUGAAUAUCAGAAGAGGGCAUUGGAAAGUGGGGCAGGGGUUGUGAAAAGCGAAAUCUGCAUAACAAUGGGUGUUCCAGAAAGUAGAGACAGACUGAAAAUUGUGGCAGAGGAGUCUCAGGGCGUGAGGGAACCUGAAGGAGAGGCAGAGGUUUAUUUGCUGAAGGAGGAAACAGUUGAAAAUGGUGUGCUGGGAGGAGAGGAGCUCGUGCUCCCUGCAGGUGGAGAGGCAGAGAGGCAGAGCAGGGACAUGGGAACGGUGCUGGAAGUGGAAGAAGGAGAGAAGGAAGAAGUGCUGAGAAGUGAGAAAUUAGGUGAUGAGGAGCCAUCCCUGCCAGCCCCUGAGGAGCAGGGAGCAGAGGACACUUUGGAAAAGCUCCUGCAGCAGCUCCAAAGGGGUGGCAUCACCCAGGAGCAGACGGGCAGGACGCUGCUGCUGGACCAGGCAGUGACCGCUGGAGCCGUGUCCGGCCACACGGCCGUCAAACUCAUGGAGAGGAUGAAAAUGUUCAGUGGCUUCUUUGACUCUCAGGUGUGCGAGCCCUUGACCACUGAGGAUGUGAUUGAAGAAGGUCUGAUGGAUGAGAAGCUGCUCCAGAAGGUUCUGGAGUCUGACAAAGCCAUAAGUGGUGUCCUUGACCCAGGCAAUAAUUUUGUCUACUCCGUCAAGGACGCUGCUGCCGUUGGCCUCCUGGACAAGGAGACAGCCAUGAGGAUCUUGGAAGGGCAGGUGGUUACUGGGGGGAUUGUUGACUUGAAAAGGGGCAAAAAGGUGUCAGUGACUUUGGCUUCAAAUCUGGGCCUCAUAGAGCCAGCGAGUCAGGCAGAGCUGGUCAAGCUGGAGAAGGCUUCCAAGGGGAAAGGCACAGAUGAGGAGACCAGGCAGAAGCUCAUUAAUUUACAGGCUGAGACCAGUGGGAUUGUGGAUCCUGAAUCCAAACAGCCUUUGACUGUGGCAGAGUCUGUUGAGAAAGGGCUCCUGGAGAAGGAAAAAGCUUUUCAGCUCCUGGCCAAGCAGGUUGCUGAUGGAGGAAUCAUCCAUCACGUGUCUGGGAUGAGGCUCUCGGUGGACAACGCCAUGAAACAUGGUUUGGUCAGUCCAGAUCUGUGCAAGGAGCUCAGGAAAGCUGAAAGUGUGGUCCUGCAGGAAUUUGUCCAUCCAGCUACAAAGGAGAAGCUGCCCUUGGCCCAGGCAGUGUCACUGGGGCUGCUUAGCCCAGAAUUCCAGAGGAAAGUGCAGGAAAUCCAGGCUGAGAGUGGCAGCAUCCUUGAUCCAGCUUCUGGCCAGAGACUGGCACUGAGUCAAGCAGUGCAGGAGGGCCUGGUGCCCCAGCAGGUGGUGGAGAAAGCUCUGUCAUCUCCAGAAAUGAGACAGGGAAUUGUAGACCCCGAGAGCUGCACGAUCCUUCCCUACUCAGAGUUCCUGAAGAAAUGCAAAAUCGACAUCGAGUCCGGCCAGAGGUACCUGGAGGUCCAUCCCUUCCAGGCCAUCAGGGAUGAGGUGACAGGGACCAAACUGCCCUGUGCUGAGGCAGUGAGGCUGGGGAAGCUGGACCCCUUGCCCACCCUGAGGCUGCUGCAGGCACAGGCAGAUGCUGGAGGGGUGGUGGAGGGCACUGUCAGCAAGAGGCUGUCCCUGAGGGCAGCAGUGGAGCAGGGGAUGCUGGAUGAGGCCAUGGCCAAAGUCAUCGCCACCAACCAGCUCAGGGCUGGGGGAAUUGUUGAUGGCCCCAGUGGGAAAAGGUUGACUGUGAAGGAAGCUGUUGGAAAAGGACUGAUCAGCCAAAAAUUAGCUGCAGGGCUUCGGGAUGUGCAAGUGUCCGAAGAGAAAGUCGGUUCUGAGGUCAGCAAAGUAGAAAAAAUUCAACUUUCACAGGAAAAAAUGGAAAAAUUCUCUCCAAAAGAGGAAGGUGUCAUCCUCCCUGCCAGGUCUGAUGGUGCUGAGCCCAAAGCUCAGCCUGAAGCUGUGAGCUAUGACACUGCCACUGAGAAACCCCCCAAAGCACGCAGAGAAAGGAAAUUAAAACCCCAGGAAGCUUCAGAGGGUGGUGCCCAUCCCCAAGAUGAACUUCAUCAUCUUCAUCAUCCCCAGGCAAAGACUGGGGUGGCUCCAGAGCUCCCCUCAGUGCUGGGGACAGCAUCUCUCCCUGAAGAAAAAGGGAUCCCAAAAAGCUCCCAAGAGAGAGCAGCCCAGAGGAAGGAAUUGAGGGAAAAAGUGGAGGGAGGAGCAGAGAAAGUAGAGAGAUUGAGUUUGGAGAAGGAGGAGUUGUUCUUGGGCACGGAGAUGCUUCACAGGGAGGAGGAUGGUGAGGAGAGGAGGAAGAGGAGAGGGUUUGAAGGUGCAGAGGGAGUUGUGGCAGGUGGAGAAGGUGCAGUGGUGACUUCUGGGCGAGGAGAAAGAGUGACCAGAGUGGUGCAGGAGACACCAGCCCCGAGGGAAUCUGUCAGUGAGGGCCCAGGGAAGGGAGGGAUGGGUCCUGCAGAACCCAUUGGUGUUCCUGUGGAGCCUGCAGGGGAUGAGCUGGCAGGGAAAAGAGCUGUCAAACACACAGAGAGAGAAACCUCUCACACAGGAGUUCCCAUUGAUCAGGGAAAAACAAGGGAAACGGAGCUAAAACCUGGCCAGAAACAGAAAAGCAAGAAAAAGAAAGCAAAGCAGGGCAGCAUUCCAGGAGAGAGCACUCAGCCAGAGAAACCUCCUGCAGAAAAGCAGCUCCUUCCUUCUCUGGUUUCCCAUGAAAUUCCAAGGAAGAAGGGUGAGGAGGAGCACUUUGUCUCCAGGGUGCCAGAGCCAGGACAUGAAUCCAGCAUCCAGACUGCUGCUGGGCUGGCAGGAGACACAGCCAAGCACGAGGGUGGGGAAGGAAAGAAAAUUCCUGGGAAGGAAACCCCUGGAGAGGAUCAGGUGUUCCCUGUGCCUGCAGAAGCUGCAGAGGUGCUGAAAGGUGGGAUCAAGGAUGGUGAGGAUUCCUUGGAGAAGGAAAGGAUGGCUCAGGAAGACACCAGGGUGGAAACCACCCAGGAGCUGCCCCACGACUUAAUUAUCAGAGAGGAACCCACAGAAACCUCCCCAAUCCUGGAGCCUGGAGAGGAGAAACAGCAGGAGCAAAGAGCUGAGCUCAGAGCAGACCAAGGAGCUCCUGUUCCCCCAAAAUCUCAAGAAGAAACCCCCCAGGAGAGGAGCAAGCAGCAAGCAGGAGAUCGGGGUUUGCUCUUACCUGUGAUCGUGGAGGGCGAGCUGCUGGAAACCUCCAGGGAAUCCACGAGACCUGCCCAGAUCAAGUUCAGCAAGAAGAUGUGUCUGGAGCACGACCAGAGGCUGAUCUCUUAUCUCUCCAUGCUCCGAGAUAUCGAGAUGAGAAUCAAACGGGUGCAGCCAGCAGAGCAGAAUUUGGCAGCCCUGCACGACCUGAGGCAGCAAGCAGAGGCCCUGGGCUCUGAGCUGCAGGAGCUGAGCUUCCCAGUGAAUCAGGAGCUGGAUGCUGUGCAGAGGAUUGUGGCCAACCCCCCUGAAGAAGUCCCUGAGCAGUUACUGAAGGCUUUGGAGAAGGAUGCCAAGAACCUGCAGAAGUCUCUGAGCUCUGCAAGUGAAAUCCUGCAGUCCCGGCUGCAAAACCUCCGUGGGGCAGCAGAAGCUGAGAAGGCUAAAAUCCUGGCCCACCACGAGGCUCUGCAGGGCAGGCUGCAGGAGCUGCUGAGCUGGGUGUCUGGCACCUCGGGGGCACUGGAUGACAGCGAUUUCCAGCAGGCCACUGAUGCCAGCAGCUUGAGUCACUGCCUGCAGCACUACAGGGAGCUGAAGGAGCCCCUUGCAGCCACCAAGGCUGAGCUGGACGCCGCCGCCUUCGAUGUCCAGUUCCUCAUCUCGGAGCACGCCCAGGAUUUAACCCCCCAGCAGAGCAGGCAGCUGCUGAGGCUGCUCAACGAGCUGCAGAAAUCCUUCAGGGACCUGUCAGAGCGUGUGACAGCACGGCUGGAGGUGCUGCAGGUCUGUCUCCAGCAAGUGGAGCAGACAGAGCAGACCCUGCAGGAGCAGCAGGCAGCCCGGGCUCAGAGCCUGGCCGAGCUGAGCCGCUGGCUGGGCCAGGCAGAGGACACGCUGGCACAGCAGCAGAGAGCAGGAGGGGACCUGCCUGCCUUGCAGCAGAGACAAAACCACGUUAAGGAGCUGCAGAGGAGCCUCCACAGCAGAGCCGCCUCCUUUGCCGGUGUCCUGAAGAGCACGGAGCAGUUUUUGGAGGAGAACAAAGCCAAGCUGGAGCCUGGGGAGCUGGCAGCGCUGCAGCAGGACCUGCAGCGUGCCAAGGAGCAGUACCAGUCCCUGCAGGAGAGGACAGAGGUGGCCCAGAAGGAGCUGGAGAGUGCUGUGAGUGCUGCAGUGCAGCAGGAGACUGAGAAGGUGAAAGCUGCCAAAGAGCUGGAGGAGAACAGCAAUAAGAUUGAUUCCCUUUUGAGCUGGGUGGCAUCGCUGGAGCAGAAGGGAGGGCUCCCGGAGUACAGACCACACCCUGCCGAUCAAGGGACAGCAAAAAGCCCUGGGGAUGUCCCCGAUGGCCACGCUGUGGGAGCAGACAGUGCUGCUGAGAGCCUGGAUGAGCAGUACGAGAGGCUGAAGGCGCAGCACCAGGAGCUGCUGUCCCAGCAGCAGGACGUCAUCCUGGCCACCCAGUCAGCUCAGGCCUUGCUGGACAAGCAGGGGCACAGCCUGGCAGGGGAGCAGCGUGCCCAGCUGCAGGCACAGCUGGCAGAGCUGCGGGAGCAGUACCCGGCGGCGCUGGCGCGCUCCGAGGCGCGGCUCAAACGCGUGCAGCUCCUGCGGGACGAGCUCCAGAAAUUCCUUAGGGACCACAGCGAGUUCCAGGCCUGGCUGGAGCAGGCAGAGCAGGACCUGGAAGGGAUGUACAAGGGGGGCAGUGAGCCUGACUCCCUCAGGCAGCUGCUGAAGCGCCAGGGCAGCUUCUCCGAGGAUGUGAUCUCCCACAAGGGCGAUCUGCGCUUCGUCACCAUGUCGGGGCAGAAGUUUCUGGAUGGGGAUGCUGAGGAUGCUGAAUCCCAGCUGGUGAUGUCCAGGAGUGUGGUCAGGAGCAAGCUGGAGGAUGCCACGCAGAGAUACACCACGCUGCACUCCAAGUGCUCCAAGCUGGGCUCCCACCUGAACACCUUGCUGGAUCACUACCAGCAGUUCCAGGAGGUGGCAGAGUCUCUCAGGACGUGGCUGCAGGAGAGUGAGGCUGCCCUUGGGGAGCUGCUCUCCGAGACGGUUCCGUCGGACGUGGCCGUGCUGCAGCAGCAGCUCGCCAGCAUCAAGCAACUUCAGGGAGACCUGGCUGAGCACCAGGUGCCAGUGGAGAAGCUCCAGAAAGCAGCUCGGACCCUGCUGGACAUCCAAGGGCAGCCAGCCCCAGACCAUGGCCACAUUCAGGAAACAACAGGAGCCAUCGUGAGCCGAUUCCAGAGCCUCUCCCAGCAGAUGUCGGAGCGCUCGGACCUGCUGCAGAAAUCCCUCGCGCAGUCCCAGAGUGUGCAGGAGAGCCUGGAGAGCCUCCUGCAGUCGGUGGCUGACAUUGAGAGGAGCCUGCAGAAGGACCAGCCAGCUGUACUCUCCUCUGCCUCCAUCCAGGACUCGCUGGCCACGAGUGUGAAGCUGAAGCAGGACAUUGCCAGGCAGAGGAGCUGCCUGGAAGCCACCAGGGAGAUGGUGACACGAUUCACCGCGGCCGCCGACAGCCCCGCGGCCUCUGCCCUGCAGGACAAGCUGGCCCAGGUGACAGAGCACUUUGGGAGGCUGUGCCAGCAGCAGCAGGAGAGGGAGGACACCCUCAAGGGGCUGCUGCCCAAGGUGGAGCAGUAUGAGCAGCUGUGGGAGAGGCUGCAGCAGUUCACGGAGAGCAGGACGCGGAUGUUGGCGUCGGGGAAUCAGCCCGAGCGCGACAUUGCUCACUUCUCCCAGCACAUCCAGGAGCUGAACUCGGAGAUGAGGCAGCACCAGGAGGAUCUGGCCACCCUGGAGCAGCUGGCUGAGGAGCUGAGCUCCUGUGGCUUCACCCCCAGCACCUUCCAGCAGCAGGAGAAGCUGCAGAGCCUGAAGAAAGAUUUCCUGCAGCUACAAAAGGUGGCAAAAGACAGAGAAAAGGAUGCAUCAUCCUGCCAGGAGCAACUGGAUGAGUUUCGGAAUCUGGUUGGCGCCGUGAGGAAGUGGCUGAGGGAGAGCGAAGGCAAAAUUCCUCCUGCUGAGACCUCCCUGGGCACCCAGGAGCUGCAGCAGCGCAGGCAGCAGAUCCAGGAUCUGCUGGAGGAAUGGAAGGGGAAGGGGCCCCAGGUGGAGGAGAUUGGCCGCAGAGGGACCCUCCUGGAGACCCUGAUCGUGGAGAUCACGGCCCCCAACACCCCGCCCAAGGCAGGUGCCACCCUGCCCUCUCCAGGAGGCUCAGCAGGCAGCGUGAACGGAUACCACACAUGCAAAGAUCUGACGGAGAUCCAGUGCGACGUGUCGGACGUGGCGCGGCGGUACCAGGCGCUGGGCACGGCGCUGCAGGAGCGCCAGCAGCAGCUCUCAGCCAUGCUGGACAGCAUGCAGCAGGUGCAGGAGGAGGCCAGCUCCAUGCUCAGGUGGUUGGAGUCCAAGGAAAAGACUCUGUCCGAGCUGGAUGCCUCCUCCUCACCCACCAAAACGGAGACCAUGAGAGCCCAAGCUGAGCACAACAAGGCAUUUCUGGCUGAAUUGGAACAGAAUUCUGGCAAGAUCCAGAAGGUAAAGGAAGCACUUUCUGGCUUGCUGGAGAAAUAUCCAGAUUCACCAGAAGCAGCGAACUGGAAGAAGAUGCAGGAAGACCUGAACUGCAGGUGGGAGAGGGCCAGCCAGGCCACAGCAGCACGGCAGCAGAAGCUGGAGGAGUCAGCAACCCAGCUGGCCACGUUCCAGGCUGCUGAAGCCCAGCUGAGGCCGUGGCUGAUGGAGAAGGAGCUGAUGAUGAGCGUGCUGGGCCCCCUCUCCAUCGACCCCAACAUGCUGAACGCUCAGAAGCAGCAGGUGCAGUUUAUGCUGAAGGAAUUCGAAGCUCGCCGACAGCAGCACGAGCAGCUCAACCAGGCAGCUCAGAGCAUCCUGAGUGGCCCUGGAGAUGUUUCCCCAUCCACCAGCCAGGUGCAGGAUGAGCUCCAAGGGGUCAACCAGAAAUGGUCCGAGCUCACGGAGCGCCUCAACUCCCGCUCCAGCCAGAUUGACCAAGCCAUAGUAAAGAGCACCCAGUACCAGGAGCUUCUCCAGGGCCUCUCAGAGAAGGUGAAAGCUGUUGGGCAGCGCCUGAGCAGCCAGUCUGCCAUCAGCACCCAGCCUGACGCCGUCAAACAGCAGCUGGAGGAGACCAGCGAGAUCCGCUCGGACCUGGAGCAGCUGGAAGAGGAGAUCUCAGAGGCUCAGACCCUCUGUGAUGACCUCUCUGUCCUGAUUGGGGAGCAGUACCUCAAAGAUGAGCUGAGGAAACGUCUGGAGACGGUGGCACUUCCCCUCAAAGGGCUGGAAGAUCUGGCAGCCGACCGGAUGAACCGACUGCAGACCGCGCUCGCCAGCUCCCAGCAGUUCCAGCACAUGUUUGACGAGCUCAGGACCUGGCUGGAUGACAAAAGGUGCCAGCAAGCCCAGAGCCAACCCAUUUCUGCCAAACUGGACAGGCUGCAGAGCCAGAUCCAGGAGCAAGAAGAGUUCCAGAAGAGCCUCAACCAACACAGCGGCUCCUACGAGAUGAUUGUGGCCGAGGGGGAAUCUUUGCUGCUUUCAGUGCAGCCUGGGGAGGAGAAGACCACUCUGCAGAACCAGCUGGUCAGCCUGAAAACACACUGGGAGGAGCUGAGCAAGCAGGCUGCUGACAGGCACGCCAAGCUCAAGGACUGCUUGCAGAAAGCUCAGAAGUACCAGCGGCACGCGGACGAUCUCCUGCCCUGGGUGGAGGACUGCAAGGCCAGGAUGGCAGAGCUGGAGGUCACCCUGGAUCCAGUGCAGCUGGAGGCCACUCUUCUGAGGUCCAAGGCCAUGCUGAGUGACGUGGAGAAGCGCAGGUCUCUGCUGGAGAUGCUCAACAGCGCUGCCGACAUCCUGACGGACGCGUCCCAGGCGGACGAGGAUGACAUCCGGGAUGAGAAGGCCAGCAUCAACCAGAAGAUGGAUGCCAUCACAGAAGAGCUGCAAACCAAGACUGGCUCCAUUGAAGAAAUGUCCCAGAGGCUCAAGGAGUUCCAGGAGAGCUUCAAGAACAUUGAGAAGAAGCUGGAAGGGGCGAAGCACCAGCUGGAGAUCUACGAUGCCCUGGGGCCGCAAGCUUGCAGCAACAAGAAUUUGGAGAAGCUCAGGGCACAGCAGGAGGUGCUGCAGGCCCUGGAGCCACAAGUGGAUUACCUGAAAAACCUCACUCAAGGUCUGGUAGAAGAUGCUCCAGAUGGAUCUGACUGUUCCCAACUUUUAAGCCAAGCUGAGGUGGCUCAGCAGGACUUCAAGGCCGUGAAGCAGAAAGUCACCGACUGCUGCGCCCUGAUGGAAAACAAACUGGAGGGGAUCGGGCAGUUCAGCAGCAGGGUCAGGGAGAUGUUCUCGCAGCUGGCAGAUCUGGAUGAUGAGCUGGACAGCAUGGGCCCCAUCGGGAGGGACUCUGACAGCCUCCAGUCGCAGGCUGAGGACGUGCGCGCCUUCCUGGGCAAACUGCAGCGCCUCAAGCGCGACAUCGACUCCUCCGAGGGCGAGUGCAAGAAGAUGCUGGAGGAUGAGGGCAGCCCCGACUUGCUGGGGCUGAAGAGGGAGCUGGAGACGCUGAGCAAGCAGUGCAGCAAGCUGACAGAGAGGGGCAGGAACCGGCAGGAGCAGGUGGAGACCACGCUGGGGCGCGUCGAGGAUUUCUACGGGCGGCUGAAGGAGCUGAGCCACAUGGUCACAGCAGCCGAGGAGAACGAAGCCCUGCAGUGGGUGGUGGGGACAGAGGUGGAAACCAUCAACCAGCAGCUGGCAGACUUCAAGCAAUUCCAGAAGGAGCAAGUGGAUCCCCUCCAGCUAAAGCUGCAGCAAGUCAAUGGGGUCGGUCAGGGACUCAUCCAAAGCGCCGGGAAAAACUGUGAUGUGCAAGGGCUGGAGCACGACAUGGAAGAGAUCAACACCCGCUGGAACACCCUCAACAAGAAGGUGGCCCAGCGAGUGGCCCAGCUGCAGGAGGCCCUGUUGCACUGCGGGAAGUUCCAGGAUGCCCUGGAGCCGCUGCUGAGCUGGCUGGCAGACACUGAGGAGCUCAUCUCCAACCAGAAACCUCCCUCUGCCGAGUACAAGGUGGUGAAAGCCCAGAUCCAAGAGCAGAAGCUGCUCCAGCGCCUCCUGGACGAUCGCAAGGCCACGGUGGAGAUGAUCCAGGCAGAGGGCGGCCGGAUCGCGCAGGCGGCCGAGCCCGCGGACCGAGACAAGAUCGUGGGGCAGCUGGAGAGCCUGGGCCGGCGCUGGGAGGGGCUGCUGGGCAGGGCAGCUGCCAGGCAGAAGCAGCUGGAGGAUAUCUUGGUGCUGGCAAAGCAGUUCCACGAGACCACAGAGCCUGUGUCCGACUGGCUGGCGGUGACAGAGAAGAAAUUGGCCAACUCUGAGCCCAUUGGCACCCAGACUGCCAAAAUCCAGCAGCAGAUCAGCCGCCACAAGGCUCUCGAGGAAGAGAUAGAGAGCCACGCUGCUGAUGUGUCUCAGGCUCUGGGGGUCGGGCAGUCUCUGUCCUCCCUGAGCUGUGCUGCUGAGCAGAGGCUGCUGGCAGAGAAAUUAGAGGCUCUGCAGAGCAGCUACGGCGAGGUCCAGGAGAGGUGCAGCCGAAAGGCAGCACUGCUGGCCCAGGCUCUGGCCAACGCCAGGAUUUUUGGGGAGGAGGAGGUGGAAGUGCUCAACUGGCUGGCUGAGGUGGAGGACAAGCUGGGCUCAGUGGCCAUAAAGGAUUACAAACGGGACGUCCUGCAGAAGCAGCAUGCCGACCAGCUGGCUCUGAAUGAGGAGAUUGUCAACAGGAAGAAGAAUGUGGACCAAGCCAUCAGGAAUGGGCAAGCUCUCCUGAAGCAAACCACAGGGGAGGAGGUGCUGCUGAUCCAGGAGAAGCUGGAUGGAAUCAAGACCCGCUACUCGGACAUCACGGCCGCCAGCUCCAAGGCGCUGCGCACGCUGGAGCAGGCACGGCAGCUGGCCACCAAAUUCCAGUCCACCCACGAGGAACUCACUGGCUGGAUGAGCAAGGUGGAGGACGAGCUGGCUUCCAGUGGGGCACAAUCCCCUGCUGGAGAGCAGAUCCCCCAAUUCCAGCAGCGGCAAAAGGAGCUGAAGAAGGAGGUGAUGGAGCACAGGCUCAUCCUGGACACUGUGAACGAGGUGAGCCGGGCUCUGCUGGAGCUGGUUCCGUGGAGAGCCCGGGAGGGGCUGGACAAGCUCGUGUCGGACACCAACGAGCGCUACAAGCUGGUCAGCGACACCAUCAAGCAGAGGGUGGAAGAAAUCGAUGCUGCUAUUCAGAGGUCUCAGCAGUACGAGCAGGCAGCUGAUGCAGAGCUGGCCUGGGUGGCUGAGACCAAGAGGAAGCUGAUGGCUCUGGGUCCCAUCCGCCUGGAGCAGGACCAGACAACGGCCCAGCUGCAGGUGCAGAAGGCGUUUUCCAUCGACAUCAUCCGGCACAAAGACUCCAUGGAUGAAUUGUUCAGCCAGCGCAACGAGAUUUUUGGGACCUGUGGUGAGGAACAAAAAGCUGUUCUCCAGGAGAAAACUGAGUCCCUGGUGCAGCAGUACGAGGCUGUGAGCCAGCUCAACUCGGAGCGCUACGCCCGCCUGGAGCGUGCCCAGGUCCUGGUCAACCAGUUCUGGGAGACCUACGAGGAGCUGAACCCCUGGAUUGAGGAGACCCAAGCCCUCAUCUCCCAGCUGCCACCCCCAGCCAUCGACCACGAGCAGCUCAAGCAGCAGCAGGAUGACAUGAGGCAACUGAGAGAGUCCAUCGCUGAACACAAACCUCACAUCGACAAGCUGCUGAAAAUCGGGCCCCAGCUCAAGGACCUCAACCCUGAGGAAGGGGAGAUGGUGCAGCAGAAAUACUCCAGGGCUGAGGCUUUGUAUGCCAAAAUCAAGGAGGAAGUUUGCCAGCGAGCCCUGGCCCUUGAUGAGGCUUUCUCACAAUCCACUCAGAUUUCGGAGUUCCACGACAAGAUCGAGCCCAUGCUGGAGACCCUGGAGGCGCUCUCGUCGCGCCUGCGGCUGCCGCCGCUCAUCCCCGCCGAGGUGGACAAGAUCCGCGAGUGCAUCAGCGAGAACAAGAGCUCCACGGUGGAGCUGGAGAAGCUGCAGCCCUCCUUCGAGGCGCUGAAGCGCCGUGGGGAGGAGCUCAUCGGCCGCUCCCAGGGAGCAGACAAGGACCUGGCAGCCAAAGUCAUCCAGGACAAGUUGGAUCAGAUGGUUUUCUUCUGGGAAGACAUCAAAGCUCGCACUGAGGAGCGUGAGAUGAAGUUCCUGGAUGUGCUGGAGCUUGCAGAGAAGUUCUGGUACGACAUGGCAGCGCUGCUGACCACCAUCAAGGACACCCAGGACAUUGUCCACGACCUGGAGAGCCCAGGCAUCGACCCCUCCAUCAUCAAGCAGCAGGUGGAAGCAGCAGAGACCAUCAAGGAGGAGACAGACGGGUUGCACGAGGAGCUGGAGUUCAUCCGGCUCCUGGGCACCGACCUCAUCUUCGCCUGUGGGGAGACUGAGAAGCCAGAAGUGAAAAAGAGCAUUGAUGAGAUGAACAACGCGUGGGAAAACCUAAACAAGACGUGGAAGGAGAGGCUGGAGAAGCUGGAGGAAGCCAUGCAGUCGGCUGUGCAGUACCAAGACACGCUCCAAGCCAUGUUUGACUGGCUGGACAACGCUGUGAUCAAACUGUGCAACAUGUCCCCUGUGGGCACCGACCUGAGCACGGUCAAGGAGCAGAUGAACGAGAUGAAGGAGUUUAAAAUGGAGGUUUACCAGCAGCAGAUUGAGAUGGAAAAGCUUAAUCACCAAGGUGAACUGAUGCUAAAAAAGGCGACGGAUGAGACAGACAGAGACAUCAUCAAGGAGCCACUGACAGAGCUCAAACAUCUCUGGGAGAACUUGGGCGAGAAAAUUGCUCACAGACAGCACAAACUGGAAGCCGCCCUGCUGGCGCUGGGCCAGUUCCAGCACGCCCUGGCAGAGCUGAUGGCCUGGCUGACCCACACUGAGGAGCUGCUGGAUGCCCAAAAACCAAUCAAUGGGGACCCAAAAGUCAUCGAGGUGGAGCUGGCAAAGCACCACGUGCUGAAGAACGAUGUCCUGGCCCACCAAGCAACCGUGGAGACAGUGAACAAAGCAGGGAACGAGCUGCUGGAGUCGAGCGCCGGGGACGAUGCCAGCAGCCUGCGGAACCGCCUGGAGAAGCUGAAUUCCUGCUGGGAAUCAGUGCUGCAGAAAACUGAGGAGAGGGAGCAGCAGCUGCAGUCCACGCUCCAGCAGGCUCAGGGUUUCCAUGGUGAGAUUGAAGACUUCCUCCUGUGGCUAACGAGGAUGGAGAGCCAAUUGUCAGCAUCAAAACCCACAGGAGGUCUGCCAGAAACUGCCCGGGAACAGCUCAAUGCCCACAUGGAGCUGUACAGCCAGCUGAAAGCCAAGGAGGAUGUCUACAGCCAGCUGCUGGCCAAGGGGAGGCUGAUGCUGCUCAACCGCGACGAUUCCGGCUCCGGCUCGAAGACAGAGCAGAGCGUGGCCCUGCUGGAGCAGAAAUGGUGUCUGGUCAGCACCAAGAUGGAGGAGAGAAAGGCAAAGCUGGAGGAGGCAUUGGCCCUGGCCACGGAUUUCCAGAACUCCCUCCAGGAUUUCAUCAACUGGCUGACCCUGGCUGAGCAGAGCCUGAACAUUGCACCCCCGCCCAGCCUCAUCCUGGCCGCUGUGCUGGCCCAGAUCGACGAGCACAAGGUAUUCGCCAACGAGGUGAACGCGCACCGGGAUCGCAUCAUCGAGCUGGAUCAGACUGGCAACCAGCUGAAGUUCCUCAGCCAGAAGCAGGACGUGGUGCUGAUCAAGAACCUGCUGGUCAGCGUCCAGUCCCGCUGGGAGAAGGUGGUGCAGCGCUCAGUGGAGCGGGGACGGGCUCUUGAUGACGCCAGGAAGAGAGCCAAGCAGUUCCACGAAGCCUGGAAGAAGCUGAUUGAUUGGCUGGAGGAUGCAGAGAAUCACCUGGACUCAGAGCUGGAGAUCUCCAAUGAUCCUGACAAAAUCAAGCUCCAGCUCUCCAAGCACAAGGAGUUCCAGAAGACUCUGGGUGGGAAGCAGCCUGUGUACGACACCACCAUCAGGACAGGCAGAGCCCUCAAAGAAAAAGCCUUGCUUGCAGAUGACACUCAAAAACUGGACAAUCUGCUGGGAGAAGUGAGGGAUAAGUGGGACACAGUGUGUGGAAAAUCCGUGGAGAGGCAGCACAAGCUGGAAGAAGCCCUGCUGUUCUCUGGGCAGUUCAUGGAUGCUCUGCAGGCUUUGGUGGACUGGCUGUACAAGGUGGAGCCCCAGCUAGCUGAGGACCAGCCUGUGCACGGGGACCUGGAUCUGGUCAUGAACCUGAUGGAUGCUCACAAGGUGUUCCAGAAGGAGCUGGGGAAGCGCACGGGGACCGUGCAGGUGCUGAAGCGCUCGGGCCGGGAGCUCAUCGACAACAGCAGGGACGACACCACCUGGGUCAAGGUGCAGCUGCAGGAGCUCAGCAACCGCUGGGACACGGUCUGCAAGCUGUCAGUGUCCAAACAAACCCGCCUGGAGCAGGCCCUGAAGCAGGCUGAGGAGUUCAGGACAGCCGUGCACAUGCUGCUGGAGUGGCUCUCGGAGGCAGAGCAGUCCCUGCGUUUUCGGGGAGCGCUGCCGGACGACGCCGAGGCUCUACAGGCCCUCAUCGACGCCCACAAGGAGUUCAUGAAGAAGGUGGAGGAGAAGAGGGCGGACGUGAACGCGGCGGUGGCGAUGGGCGAGGUCAUCCUGGGCGCCUGCCACCCCGACUGCAUCACCACCAUCAAGCACUGGAUCACCAUCAUCAGAGCCAGGUUCGAGGAGGUUCUCACCUGGGCCAAGCAGCACCAGCAGAGACUGGAGUCGGCGCUGUCCGAGCUGGUGGCCAAUGCAGAGCUGCUGGAGGAGCUGCUGGCCUGGAUCCAGUGGGCUGAGACCACCCUGAUCCAGAGGGACCAGGACCCCAUGCCCCAGAAUAUCGAUCAGGUCAAAGCGCUCAUCUCCGAGCACCAGUCCUUUAUGGAGGAGAUGACACGGAAACAGCCGGACGUGGACAGGGUGACAAAAACUUACAAAAGAAAAGCGACUGAGCCUCCCCACGGGCCCUUCAUCGACAAAUCCCGCAGCAACAGGAAAUCCUUGGGGCAGGCUGCUCCUCCCAGCAUGCCCAUUAUCUCCCAGUCAGAAACGAAGAAUCCCAGGAUCAACCAGCUCUCAGCUCGCUGGCAGCAGGUCUGGCUGCUGGCCCUGGAGAGGCAGAGGAAGCUCAACGAUGCCCUGGACAGGCUGGAGGAGCAGCUAUGCCCAGAAUUGAAGGAGUUUGCAAACUUCGAUUUUGACGUCUGGAGGAAGAAGUACAUGCGCUGGAUGAACCACAAGAAAUCCCGGGUCAUGGAUUUCUUCCGGCGCAUCGACAAGGACCAGGACGGGAAAAUCACCCGGCAGGAGUUCAUCGACGGCAUCCUGGCUUCCAAAUUCCCCACCACCAAGCUGGAGAUGACGGCGGUGGCCGAUAUCUUCGACCGCGACGGCGACGGCUACAUCGACUACUACGAGUUUGUGGCUGCCCUCCACCCCAACAAGGACGCCUACAGACCCACCACUGAUGCUGACAAGAUCGAGGAUGAGGUCACCAGGCAAGUGGCCCAGUGCAAGUGUGCCAAGAGAUUCCAAGUGGAGCAGAUCGGCGAGAACAAAUACAGGUUCUUCCUCGGCAAUCAGUUUGGCGAUUCCCAGCAGCUGCGGCUGGUGCGGAUCCUGCGGAGCACGGUCAUGGUCCGGGUGGGCGGAGGGUGGAUGGCCCUGGACGAGUUCCUGGUGAAGAAUGACCCGUGCAGAGCACGAGGCAGGACCAACCUGGAGCUGCGGGAGAAGUUCAUCCUGCCCGAAGGAGCCUCGCAGGGCAUGACCCCGUUCCGCUCGCGCGGCCGCAGAUCCAAACCCUCGUCCAGGGCGGCGUCCCCGACCCGCUCCAGCUCCAGUGCCAGCCAGAGCAACCACAGCUGCGCCUCCAUGCCCUCCUCCCCUGCCACCCCAGCCAGCGGAGCCAAGACUCCACAUCACUUCUCCCGGUGUUAUGACAAACCCUGGUUGAUAAACAGUAAAGCCAGCACCCCCCUGAGGGGAUUCGAUUAUUCCGACUUCCAGCUCCCGAGCGCCGAGGUGACCCCAGCAGCUGGCAGCAAGCUGAAGCGCCCCACCUUCCACUCCAGCCGGACCUCGCUGGCUGGGGACACCAGUAACAGCUCCUCCCCAGCCUCCACAGGUGCCAAAACCACUCGGGCAGACCCCAAGAAGGCAGCCAGCCGCCCCACGAGCCGCGCCGGGAGCCGCACGGGCAGCAGGGCCAGCAGCCGCCGGGGCAGCGACGCCUCGGAUUUCGAUUUGCUGGAGACGCAAUCGGCCUGCUCGGACACCUCGGAGAGCAGCGCGGCCGGCGGGCACAGCUCGCGCCGCGGCACCGCCGCCAAGCCCUCCAAAAUCCCCACCAUGUCCAAGAAAACGCCCACUGCCACCCCAAAAACGCCAGGCCCUAAGAGAUAAUACUGUACCCUCCUAAAAAAAAAAGGGGGAAAACAAAAAAAAAAAAUCUGACCCAGUUUUUAACCCUGCUCCGUACAUUGGAUGUAUAUUUAUUCUAAAUGGGAGAAACUAUAUUGUUAAAAGUGUAAAAGAGAAGUUGUGUUAUGAAGCUGCCUUAUUUGGUUUAUUUUUUUUUUUGUUGUUAUGGUUUUUUUGGGUUUUUUUUUUUUCCAUUUUUGUAAGUUACUAUUUUCAUGUGAAUAUUUAUGUAGAUAAAAAAAAAAAAAAUUGCCUCUCGGUGACCCCUGUUUAGAGAGGGGCCUGGAAAACUGAAAUGUGGGAGAGAAAGAAAAAAAAAAAUCAAGAAAAAAAGAUUAAAAAAAAAGGAAGCAAAAAAAAAAAAAGGUCAAGAUGUGAAAGUGUAAAGAAAAACUAAAAUAUAAAUAGGAUUUCUGCGCGGUGCAGGGUGUGAACCUGCUUUAUCUUUUAGGAUUGUUUCCUAAAUGCAUCUUUAUAAACUUAACUUGCUGUCUCAGCAAGGUAAAUUAUAUUUAAAAGCAAAGACCUGAAUCCUGCAGUGUUCAAGGAACUCUCUUUUUGUAAAUCACAGAUACCUCAACCAGAGAAACAUGAGGUGAGGGGACUUGGGGCUUAUGUUUCCAAUUUUUUUUAAAGCUAUGUGGUUUUACCUGAAGAAAGCGGAGUUUGACUUUAAUAAAAUUUGCACACACUACAGCAAAGGCCGUGACAAUUUUGCUGUCUUGAAAACACUGUCCUGACAACUUUUGUUUUUAAAGAACAAACCGAGGGUGAGGGGUUUGGGGAGGGGUUUGAGGAGGGGCUUCACUCGCAGGUCUGGAGCACUUAGAGGUGGUGGGGCCCUCCAAAAAUCAAGGAUUCUUCUGGAUCCAUGGCUCAACCAGCCCGCCCCGAGGCGUUCCUUACACAAUCACUGUUUUAUCUGCAUCUCUUUGUUCCCUAUUUAUUAUUUAACUGGUCAUUCCACUUCCAGCCAGGCUGAGAUUGAUGUGAACUCUGCUCCUAGGAGAAAUCUGGACUUACACGCACAGUUGCUUGUCCUUGAAAUGAGUCUCACCAGCACACUCGCUGCAAGUCCUGUCUCGCUUUUGUACGCUCCUUUUUUCUUUGUAAUAAAAGAAUCCAACUGACCAAGUGACCAGGAGACGGGCUGGGGGCGAGGGGGGCUCUCCACAGCUCCUGUAUUUAUUAAAUAUUGUUCCUCUCCGGCUCUGACCGUGUUGCUGUGUGAUUCUCUCAAUUGGUUUCAAAUUGAGGCAAAAAAAAAACCCUGAAGCUCUACCAAUGAAUUGUUUAAAAAAAAAAAUUUAAAAAAAAAAACAGGCACAUUUUUGUAUUAAAAUUGCUUGCGGUAAUAAACGAUCUUGCCUCCUACUUUA